AUGCUUCUUCGGCGGAUGGCACCGAGGGGUAUGGCCUUAGUGGCUACAACUCCGCUUUUGUCGACAUCCCGCGGGUACAACAUGUUUGUCUUUCGGGAUCCGAAGCGCCGCCCCCAACUGACGGAAGAGGAGCGAGCCAAAGUUGUCAUUAACCAGGAAGAGUGGCCUGAGGAGUUUAAGGAAUUUGAUCCUGAUGAUCCGUACAAGAAUAGCCCAGAGAUUAUUGAGGGCAUGACCAGCUGGAACCUUUUCCUCUGGGGCGUGGAGUGCGCCUUUAUCUAUCAGUUCUAUGAGCUUGUCUUCCCCAAGAGCAUUUGA